AUGCCUGAAAUUACACCCGAAAUUGUAAAUGAGAUGGAAGAAAAACACUCCCGGCACAAGUUCGCCUAUGCUGUUCAGGGAAACAAAGAACAAGAAUGUAUCAAUACUGUGGGUUCUAUGGUUCACUCUUGUAUAAAUUCUUUCCCGAACGGCUCAGCCGGUGGGCCUGAUAAAUUGAGGCCUCAAAUUAUCAAAGACAUGAUUGGAAUGUGUAACGAAACAUCAAACAAACUGAUUGAAGACCUGACCGGGCUCACAAAUAUCAUCUUGAGCGGUGGUGUACCGAUUGAUAUCAGACCUUUCUUUUUCGGGGCAAAUUUGUUCGCACUCAAAAAACCUUCCGGCGUUCGGCCCAUAGAAGUCGGCAACACACUUCGCAGAUUGGCAGCGAAAUGUGCCGGCAAAGACCACGAACUAUUAGAACAAAGAAAAUGUUCAUAUGGAUCUACUCAACUGGGCUUCGGCACCAAAAAUGGAUGUGAGGCGGCAGUCCAUGCCACCCGCAAAUUCCUAUCUUCUCCAGGCUUCAGCGAUGAACACGUUCUAGUCAAAAUUGAUUUCGAAAAUGCUUUCAACUCAAUCUCAAGGCAACACAUGCUGGAGAACAUUAGCGAAAAGUACCCUCGCCUGAAAAAUUUUGCGUUCUCAGCCUAUAGCCAACCCUCCUAUCUGUUCUUUGGAUCUCAUAUUCUGAACUCGGAUGAAGGAGCUCAACAAGGAGACCCGGAGGGGCCGCCCAUGUUCUGUGACACGAUUAACGACAUGAUUCAUUCGCUGACUUCUGCUCUUAACUUCUGGUAUCUGGACGAUGGGAAUCUUGCUGAUAAGUUCCGGGUAGUUUUCGAGGACUUGAAACUGGUGAUAGAGCGCGCUCGUAUGCUUGAUCUGAAAGUUAAGCCUUCGAAAUGUGAGCUAACUUUCCUAGGUUCACCGAGUGAAAAGCUCAAACUCGAAAUACUGCAACUAUUCAACACGAUCUGCCCUGCUAUACAAGAGACUCCACUGGAUGACCUAUGCAUCCUUGGUGCAGGCAUGGGUGCUGACUGUGUCCUUGACAAAUUAACCAAACGUUCUAAAGAUCUUGAGCUACUGAGCGAACGCCUGGUCGAAAUCGAGGCACACUCGGCGCUUUUUCUUUUGAAAAACUCGUUCAGUAUACCGAAACUGACAUUUCUGCUCCGAACGUCACCGUGCUUCAUGCACCUCGACAUACUCUCCAACUAUGAUUCCAUUCUGACCUCAACACUGGAAAAAAUCACCAAUGUUCAACUUACAGAUUCUUCUCGCAUCCAAGCCUGUCUGCCUGUUAAAGUGGGUGGCCUGGGUCUGCCAUCUGCGUCAUUGCUUGCGACGUCCUUAUUUCUAUCCUCCGCGAGCUCUUGCGCUGCUUUGACAGACCAAAUCUCCACUUGUACCGGACCAACAGGCGACGAAGAAACUGCUCUGGAACUCUGGGGUGAUACUGCACAAGCACUUCCACCAACUAAUAGAUGCAACCAAAAGAAUUGGACUUGGUCAGUAUUCGAGAACCUAAAAACCUCGAUGCUUGAGAACUGUUCAUUGACAGACCACAAUAGAAUAGAAGCUUACUCUGGAAAGAUGGCGGGAAGCUGGCUGCAGGCUCUGCCAUCAUCCAACUUUGGCUUGAAACUCACAGAUAUCCAACUCCGCAUCAGUGUGGCACUGCGUUUAGGCGGCAAAGUGUGCGAAACCCACCAAUGCCGAUGCGGUAAAGAAGUCUCUGAAGAUGGCCACCAUGGUUUGGCUUGCAAAAUGAGCGCCGGCCGUCAUACUCGCCACUCGAUUUUGAAUGACAUAGUGAAGAGGGGUCUUGCCAGCGCCAACAUACACUCGGUAUUAGAACCCCCUGGACUUUGCCGCGCAGAUCGGAAAAGGCCGGAUGGGCUCACGUCUACACCUUGGUCCAAAGGCCAACCAAUGGUAUGGGAUGCCACGGUCGUGGACGCAUUGUGCAGUAGUAGAAUUGACUCAUUCGAGCCCCUGAAAGCAGCGACUACAGCAGAAGAGACGAAAAGAAUGAAAUACACUGAAAUCAUCAACAGAGGCUACUUGUUUCAGCCUGUCGCAUUCGAAAUACAAGGAGGCGCAGGACCGGACACCAAACGUUUUCUUUCAAAGCUCGGCAAGCUGAUUCAAGAUUCCACCAACGAAGCCCGUGCUUCUGCCUUCCUUAGGCAAAGAAUAUCAGUUUGCAUACAGAUGUCUAACGCAGCAUGUGUCAUCGGAACUCUACGCCCUCAAGCUUCUCUCGAUGAAGUUUUAAUGAUCCUCUAA